AUGGUCUCUGGAGAUACUGUUUAUAUCAGCUAUGGGCAACAGAUCCACUAUCAGAACUCUGUAAUACUCAUCCACUAUCAUCAGAACCCUGUUAUACUCAUCCACUAUCAACAGAAUCCUGUAAUACUGAUCCACUAUCAUCAGAACCCUGUAAUAGUGAUCCACUAUCAUCAGAACACUGUAAUACUGAUCCACUAUCAUCAGAACCCUGUAAUAGUGAUCCACUAUCAUCAGAACCCUGUAAUAGUGAUCCACUAUCAUCAGAACACUGUAAUACUGAUCCACUAUCAUCAGAACCCUGUAAUAGUGAUCCACUAUCAUCAGAACCCUGUAAUAGUGAUCCACUAUCAUCAGAACCCUGUAAUACUGAUCCACUAUCAUCAGAACCCUGUAAUACUGAUCCACUAUCAUCAGAACCCUGUAAUAGUGAUCCACUAUAAUCAGAACCCUGUAAUAGUGAUCCACUAUCAUCAGAAACCUUUAAUAGUGAUCCACUAUCAUCAGGAAACUGUAAUAGUGAUCCACUAUCAUCAGAAACCUGUAAUAGUGAUCCACUAUCAUCAGAAACCUGUAAUACUGAUCCACUACCAUCAGAAACCUGUAAUACUGAUCCACUACCAUCAGAAACCUGUAACAGUGAUCCACUAUCACCAGAACCCUGUAACAGUGAUCCACUAUCACCAGAACCCUGUAAUAUUGAUCCACUAUCAUCAGAAACCUGUAAUAGUGAUCCACUACCAUCAGAAACCUGUAAUAGUGAUCCACUAUCAUCAGAAACCUGUAACAGUGAUCCACUAUCACCAGAACCCUGUAAUACUGAUCCACUAUCAUCAGAAACCUUUAAUAGUGAUCCACUAUCAUCAGAAACCUGUAAUAGUGAUCCACUAUCACCAGAACCCUGUAAUACUGAUCCACUAUCACCAGAACCCUGUAAUACUGAUCCACUAUCAUCAGAAACCUUUAAUAGUGAUCCACUAUCAUCAGAAACCUGUAAUACUGAUCCACUAUCAUCAGAACCCUGUAAUAGUGAUCCACUAUCACCAAAAACCUGUGUAAUAUCGAUCCACUACUUGUUUGAAUCUGUUCCUGGAUUCUGAUG